UCUGUCCAGAUACAGGUUUCACUAGAGAAGAAGAGAGAAGCGGUAAAGAAGGAAAGAAGGAAAUAAACAAACUGGAAAUCCGAAGAACCAAGCAGCUGUUGAGUGAGCGUCCUCGUCAUCUGCCUUUAUUCUUCUGCAGGGUUUGAGUCUCUGACAGCUCGGGGUCAUGAGGUCGUCGCUCCUCCUCCUCCUCGUCCUCCUCUCCUUCCUCGCAGGUGUGACACAUGUUCAGGGGGCGUCAGACUUCAGAGUGUGUGCCUUUAAUCUCCAUCACUUUGGAGAGUCCAAGUCCAAGAAGGCAGCUGUGAUGCACACUCUUUCCCGGAUCAUCACUCGCUGUGACGUGUGUUUGCUCCAGGAAGUGAGAGACAGUAAAGAGAAAGCUCUGCCGCUGCUGAUUUCACGUCUCAACAGCUAUGACACCAAACAUCGGUAUGAUGCUGUGGCCAGUGAGAGGCUGGGCAGGUCUGAGUCGUACCAGGAGCAGUACGUGUUUGUUUACAGGACGGACACGGUGACCGUCACCGGACAGUACCAGUAUCCAGACGAUCAGCUGGGAGAUGCUUUUUCCAGAGAGCCUUUCGUUGUCCGCUUCAAAGCCCCAAAUACAGCGAUAAAGGAGUUUGUCCUCAUACCUCAACACACCACUCCGACCAACACCACCAGGGAGCUCGACUCGCUGUACGACGUCUUACAACAUGUGAAAAAUAUGUGGAAAACAGAGAAUGUGAUACUUCUUGGAGACUUCAACGCGGACUGUGGCUACCUCGCUAAGAAGAACAGGAAGUACGUGCGUCUGAUUACAGACACAAGUCUCAUUUGGCUCAUAAAGGAUAAAACGGACACCACGGUGCGAUCGACCACCUCCUGCACCUACGACAGGAUCGUUGUGAACGGGGAGAGAUUUCUCAGAGAAAUUGUGCCAUUUUCAGCCAAACCAUUUAACUUCCAAACAGAAUACAGACUCACAGAUGAGCAGGCACUGGACGUGAGCGACCACUACCCGGUGGAAGUCCUGCUGAAAGUUGUCAAAUCACGAUUCCCCUUCAACGGAGCCACUUCUUUGACGUUAAGUGGCAUCAAGGAGACUCUGUCAAAGCUCUGCUCUUUUUUUCUCCUCAAACAUCUCGUGGUAGUUUAAAGUCUCUGUGUAAAGCGAUGGAGAAAAAUACCUAACUUUGUCACCCCACAGGAAAUAUAGGGGUGGAAGUGUUUGGUUUCAAAUCAUUAUUUAGAGCACCUUAAUUUGUUAAUCAUUUGUGAUUAUCGUAUUGUACGAGGAAGGAUGACGAUAUAUCUCCAAAUUGAUAUUAUAACCCUCCCCUAUUGUUCAUCAUUUUCCUGACUCAUUAGACUCUAUACUGCCCCUGUGGUUUCCUCGUGGUAUUUCUCUGUUUCGUCCGCCAUCGGAAGCUCUCCUGCGACAGACGAAAGUAUAAAUGAGCCAUAGACAUAUUCGCUUUAGUGUGAACCAGUGGAGUGGCUCAGUGGAGUGGCUCAGUGGUUAAGACCAGAAACCCUGUGUGCGAAAGACAUCAUGGUCCCAAGUUCGAUUCCACCCCUGGCUGAUUGUACUCAAUUCCAUUGUAAGUCGCUUUGGAUAAAAGCGUCUGCUAAAUGACAUGUUAUGUAACCAAAGCAGCUGGUUUGGCCACAGUCCUGCUCUAUGUCGCCCUCUGUCUCUAUCUGUGGUAACUGCAGCCUCACAUUCAGGUUAAAGGUUACAGGACAAAGACAUUUCAGCUCUCAAACCAAAGGUAAUAUUGUCACAGCAGGUACAGUUAAUCACGGGUGAGCAGUAAAACAGUUUAUAUAUCAUUACAGUGUUUUAUGCCAAUGAUGACUCCAGAGCGUCAUGAGACAUGUUUUUUUAAAAGCCUUAAAAAUCCUGAAGAGGAAGUCUUUACUGCAUAUUUGUAUUUAAAAAAAAAUAUGUUUUUAGCCACUAUUUUUUAACAUAUGCUAUAUAAUGUGUAAAAAGGAGAAACUCUUUAAUAUAUACCUUAUAUGCUGAGUGUGUGUGUGUGUGUGUCUGUGUGUGUGUCUGUGUGUAUAUAUACAUGUAUAAACAGUAUCUCAGGGCAACUGAUGCCAUGGACUGAUGUAAACACAGCUGUGCCAAACAUCGCUGUUGUUAGCAGAAAUAACCCUCUAUAUUGGGUUUAAGGUUAAAAGGGAAAGUGCAGUGUUAAAUACUUUUGAUUUUGGGUCGGGGGGGAUGUCCAUGAAAUAAUCUGAAAUUGUUCCAAUUUGUACUUUAAGAAACAAAAUAUUAGUCUAUUGAUCCUGAAUUGUAUCCUUUAAACUAUGUGUGUGAAUGCAUUUGGCAUUAAAUGUGAUUCUAAGUGGGUUUGGAAAUGUUUUUAAAAAGUCUGAAAUUUGAUUUGUGAGUAUCCUGAUUGA